AUGGGCGCGCGCCCUUCGGGAGGACCCCGGGCCCGGACUGGAUUCCUGCUGCUGCUGCUGCUGCUGCUCGGGCUGGUGGCCCCGGGCGCGCAGGGGGCGCGGAGCCGCGGCGGCACCGAGAAGAACAGCUACCGCCGCACCGUCAACACCUUCUCGCAGAGCGUCAGCAGCCUGUUCGGCGAGGACAACGUGCGCGCCGCUCAAAAGUUCCUGACAAGGCUGACUGAGAGGUUCGUGCUGGGAGUGGACAUGUUUGUGGAAACCGUGUGGAAAGUUUGGGCAGAGCUCUUGGAAGUUCUUGGACUCGACGUCUCGAACCUGUCCCAGUACUUCAACCCCAGCUCGGUAGCCAACAGCCCUGCCCGAGCCCUCCUGCUGGUAGGCGUCGUCCUCCUGGCCUACUGGUUCCUGUCUCUGACCCUGGGCUUCACCUUCAGUGCCCUGCACAUGGUGUUCGGCCGCUUCUUCUGGGUGGUGCGCGUCAUUCUGUUCUCCAUGUCCUGCGUGUACAUCCUGCACAAAUACGAGGGCGAGCCUGAGAAUGCCGUGCUGCCCUUGUGUUUCGUGGUGGCCAUCUACUUCAUGACCGGGCCCAUGGGCUUCUACUGGCGAGGCAGCCCCAGUGGCCCCAGCGUGGAGGAGAAGCUGGAACAGCUGGAGAGCCAGGUCAGACUGCUCAACAUCCGCCUCACCCGUGUGCUGGAGAGUCUUGACCGCCCCAACAGCAAGUGA